ACAUCUCAGUUAGCGUUGAUUGUCACACUUUUCUUUUCUUCCAAUCUUUUUCUUCACCAACUAUUGUCUGCCUCUUUCCUCUUCUUAAUUAAUUUCAUCUUUUGAAAUUAAUUUGAUCCCCUUUACGCUGCUGUGUUUCAUCUUCAACAGCACAAAUAAGCAAUUUGUUGGAUGAUGGUUCAAGAAUCCUGUAUUUAGUCAAUGAAUAAGAAACAACAUAUCGCGAUAUUUACGACCGCUAGUCUUCCAUGGAUGACCGGUACAGCCGUUAAUCCUCUAUUCCGUGCAGCUUAUCUCGCCAAAGACGGAUGCCGAAAGGUUACUUUGGUAAUUCCGUGGCUAUCUAAGAGCGAUCAGGAACAUGUAUACCCUAACGAUAUAACGUUUAAUUCACCUAAGGAACAAGAGAUAUAUGUUCGCCAAUGGAUUGAGCAAAGGACUGAGCUUUCGUGUACUUUCAACAUAUGCUUUUACCCUGGGAAGUUUUCAAGAAGUAAAAGAAGUAUUCUUGCUCUUGGGGAUAUAACAGAGAGCAUUCCGGAUGAAGAAUCGGAUAUUGCGGUCCUUGAGGAACCCGAACAUCUUACGUGGUACCAUCAUGGUAAAAGAUGGAAGCUUAAGUUCCGCCUUGUUAUAGGAAUUGUUCACACCAACUAUUUGGAGUAUGUGAAAAGAGAGAAAAACGGACGCGCUUAUGCGUUUUUGCUCAAGUACAUCAAUAAUUGGGUGGUUGAUAUAUAUUGUCACAAGGUGAUACGGUUAUCUGGUGCAACACAAGAACUUCCAAGAUCUACUAUUUGCAAUGUUCAUGGCGUUAACCCGAAGUUUCUUGAAAUCGGGAUGAAAAAGAAAGAACAACAGAAACUUGAAAGUCAGGCAUUUACGAAGGGUGCAUAUUAUAUCGGUAAAAUGGUGUGGAGCAAAGGCUACAAAGAGCUUCUUAAUCUUCUUCAGGAUCACCAAAAUGAACUUGAUGGACUCGAAGUUGAUUUAUUCGGUACCGGUGAGGAUUCUGAUCAAAUACAAGACGCUGCUAAAGAGUUGAGUUUGACCAUCAGGGUCAACCCCGGGCGCGAUCAUGCGGACCCUAUAUUUCACGAUUACAAAGUGUUCCUGAAUCCAAGCACGACAGAUGUCGUCUGCACAACAACCGCAGAAGCGUUAGCCAUGGGCAAAAUCGUCAUUUGUGCAGACCACAUCUCGAACGAAUUCUUCAAACAGUUUGCCAAUUGCCGAACCUUCAAGGACGGAAAAAGUUUCGUCGAAGUCACACGCCAGGCGUUGACCGAACAGCCGGCCCCACUAACCGAUUCAGAAAUGCACGAGCUUUCAUGGGAUGCUGCAACUUCUCGGUUUCUAGAAGCUGCAGAACUCAACAAGAUCCCUGAUCAGAAACCAACUAAAUCCGAUUCUAAAAGCUUUAUGUCAUCAUCGUUGAGUUUUAACAAAAUGUCCGAGGAUGCAUCUGCGUUUAUGCAUUUUGUUGGAACCGCGCUUGUGAGCCCAGUGCCGAACGAACAACAGAUUAAAGAACUCGGGUUGAACAUCACAAGUAAAAAACAUGGAUUUUUUACUCGAAAAGUUGCGUCUUGAAGUCGUAUCUUUCGGUCUGCUUUAAAAACUAGGGCAAAAUAGUCAUUUGGUUGGAACCUGGUUCUUUUUAUUUAUUUGUUUUUUUUUUUUUUUUGGUUUGGUUUAAUAUUGUGUAAUAGUUAGUGAUAUUAUAACUUUUAGUGCUUUAACAUAUUUGCCCUUUUGAUGCAUCUUUUCUACAAUA